AUGUUACAGCCUUUCGAAGACCAUUUGCCACUUGGCGGUGAACAAAACUACAAGAACGUGUGUAGACUCUGCAACUCUGUGUUCUUCCACAUUGAGCACUUGACCAAACAUGUGAAGAAGGUCCACAUUGUGAAGAGGUUUCAGUGCGAUCAGUGCGAUAGGUCAUUCCAUGAUGCAGGCAACUACCGGCAACACAUGCGUGUCCAUGACGACAGUGACAUCCCGUUUGAGUGCGAGGAGUGCCAUCGUCGGUUCCGACACAAGUGCACACUCAAGGUGCACAUGAGGAUACACACGGGAGAGAAACCUUUCAAAUGUGAAAUCUGCAGCGCUACAUUCAAGAUCUCGUCAGGCCUCCAGACUCACAUGCGUAAGCACACUGGAGAGACCCCCUACGCCUGCGAGUUCUGUAGUAUGAGGUUCAAGUGCCAGUCCAACCUUAAACAGCAUCUCUUUCACACACACUCAGGUAGGAUGGGCCAUGUAGCCUCUUUCCUGUAUAUUCCAUUGCUCACUCAGUCCCGUCCAUUUCCCUGCGAGGUUUGUGGGAAAUCCUACAGCCGCAAGUCAAUCCGAGAUGCUCACGUACUUACGCAUACAGUAAAGGACGGACUCAAUGGGACGUCAUAUAAUCAUCCGGACGACCAUUCACCUCCCUCAAGUCAAGACACGUCAUUGGACAGCUUGGAUAAUGGUUACAUGGACGAGUCGGAAUUUUCCAACCACAGCGGACUUGGGUCGGAAAAAUUGUCCACUCCGGAACUUUCUGUGAUGCAUACUGGACAGGCAGUUUUUGCCGGUCAUUAA